UCGUCGAAUCGCUGUUGGAUGGCUUUUAAGUAAUUCGGGUAUCUUAUUCGUAUACAAAUCGGGCUCAGUAGCCUUGCUGCCAAUUGGGCAAAGUCACAGUGCGAUCGGUCACAGCUCAAAUUUCAAAUGCUCCUUCCCACUGAAGCACCAUCCCUGUCCGCAUCCUCGAUCCCUCCUGCGUUCGACUGGAGAACUCGACAUGCAUUCCGAUGGUUUGAAGCAGACCAAGGCUUCCCGAAGCUCCGGAGCAGAGUGCGCCAAUUUGUCGACUUCGAGCUUGACAACUUUCAGGUCGAAUGCGCAGCGCGAUUGCUGGAUGGGCAGGAUGUACUCUGCAUCAAUGCGACGGGUGCAGGAAAAUCGGCACUGAUUUAUAUCCCUCUGAUGGUUCGGGACGGCACGAUGUCGAUAGUGGUCUCCCCGACCAAUUGUCUACAACGGGACAUGGCUCGCGGGAUGCAGAAGAAGGGUAUCACAUGCCUUGCUAUCAAUAGUGAGACGCUCACCGCAGCGCUGCUCAUGGAGCCCCCUCGAGAUCUCUGGGCAAUGGCCAGAUCGGGGCUGUAUCGUCUUGUAUGCUUGGGACCGGAGACCUUGAAGUCGUCACAGUUUGAUGAAUUCAUACUCGAUGGAAAUGUACGGGCUAGACUUGGUCUGUUUGCCGUGGACGAGCUGCAUCUCGGGGACGAAUGGGGGGCAGACUUCCGGCCGGACUUUCGUGUGAUUGCGUCCAUGAAUGCUCGGUGCCCAGAGCACACCACACACCUAGGGCUGUCAGCAAGUAUCGAACCAGGUCGCCAACUGCGUGCUUGUAUCAGGCUUAUGGGACUUCGCCCUGGCUAUCACAUCGAAAAGAAGGACUGUGAACGACACACCAUUUCCUUGUUCAUGCGACCUAUCAAAUAUACAACGUCGGGACUUGUCUUUCGCGAUCUUGAUUGGCUGGUCCCUCAGGAACUUGACAGACCAUCGGAUGUGCCCAAGCGACUGGUCUUCGUGCAAUCGAUUGAGCAAGGGCAUCGAGUCGUCUUGUACCUCCGCACGUUACUUCCCCGACAUCUAAAGCCCAUGGCAAAGACUAUCAUCCGACACCAUCACUCUCUCGCAUGUCCGGACUGUAAAGUCGAGAGCAUGAAUAUGCUGUACGAGUCUGGAGAGGACAGGAACUGUCUGAUUCAUGUCUCGACUGAUGUGCUCACCGUUGGGGUUGACAUCCCUGCUCUAUCCGAUGUUGUCAUCUUCGGGAAGAUUGGCAGCCUCUCAACCCUUGUGCAACGCGCAGGGAGGCCAGCGAGAGAGAGGGGAUCGACUGGUUGUGCGUACGUGUAUGUUGCCAAGUCGGACUUGAACGAGGCCCAAAGUUACAUUGCGUCGGAGGAGGGAAAGCGGGAUCACCGAACCUUGAAGAUUAAAGAUACAACAUCGCAUGUGGAAGAAGUCCAUAUGGGAGAGGGUUCUAACAGGAGAAGUUCUGCCUCACACACUCAGCAGGUCGACGGAAAUGUGGAACAAGAUGGUGGAGAAGAGCAGGAUGAUCAGUGUGUCGAGGGCAGAACUGAUCCCAUCAUCCCAUCCCAUCCUACCUCUUGCCUCUCUGCCACGCUGGCCGAUAAACCAACACACACGAAAUCCAAAGUCAUUGACAGAGCGUCCAGUACUUCUCUCCUCCUAGUCUUUGCGGCAUAUCUGACCCACCGCUGCAUCAGCCGUCAACUGAAUAUGAUUUACGACAAUCCUGGUGUGAACAAGGACUGCGGACGAUGUAGCUCAUGUGUUGGCGAUUUGAUUCCAAAACCUCGGAAUCUAGACUCGGAGAAUCUCAUGCCUCUGCGUGCUCAGCAUCUAGACAUGCACAACAAAGCCUACAGCAGUAUCACGAAGCUGCCGGGCUGGAUGAGACUGCUUGGUCGGGAUCUCAAAGUGCUCAGGGUCAAAAUUCUGGCCGCCGCAAGACGGAUUCAGUGGGCUAGCUCAAGGUCGGAUUACAUGUUCGUCAGUGCAUGCAUCUUUUUGCCGCCGACUGUCAUGGAGCGGAUCGUAACACCUGAAUUCUUGUUGCUGGAUUCCAAGGAAGCAUUUCUGGCUGCUGUCGGUGACUGGAAGAGUGCGGAAAAGUGUGGAGAUGCGAUGUGGGAAACGGUACAACAACUGGUUUGUGAAAUCGGACAGCAGCUCAAAGUUCGACACGAAGCCUCUCUAGAGAAACAGCGAGCCGCCCGAAUCCAUAAAUCCCUGGUGUGUCUUGGCUUGGACAAGAUCAAAAGAGUGCGGUUAGUUGUCCAAGACGAUCCAGCUCAUCAGCCCUCCGAGCGGCUUGUUCGUAGUUCGGACUCAGGGGUUUCCGAAUCUGUCAUACCAGCUGCCCAGGAGCCUGGCCCUGUCCCACCGGAGUUGUUCUAUGCAGGUGUGGCAAAGCGUAAAGCUGUGACACAGACGGGAUCUCGGAAACGGAUAAGAAUGGAUAAAGAGAACACAAAACCUGAUCCGAGUACACUGCACAAGCCAAAGACAGCUCGUGAUAGGAACAGUAACAUCUAAUUCAUUACAAUAUCCAAAUCUGAUUCGGAAUCUGUGUCUGAGGAAUCAUAUCCGGUGCAAUGUAGCAUACCGUUGAUGACUACAUUUGGCAACGGAACCCGACAAUCCAUCUCCUGUGCCCAGUCCACUCUGUCAUCUUCGUUUUCGUGCAGAUCGGUUGCUUCUGCCAUAGUCCUCUGCACGAAGUCCCUCACCUUGCCACCCUCCAAUUUGAGAAAUCCAGCCUCAAAAUCGUCUUGAGUUUUGUAACCGUAGUCGCGUCCAGGACGAAACUUAUGCAACUGCCUUUCAGCCAUAGCGCGUGUCAAUUCCUUCAAUGCAGCUUCUUUCUUCUGUCUCUUGUGCUUCCCUCCUGUCUUUCUUAGCCCUAGAGCGCUCUUCAUCAUGUCAUUAGCUUUCCCAAAGCCUGAAUGUUGUACGACACAACAUCCUGAUAGAACCUUCCUCCGAACGAAGCAUCACCACGUUCCGCAGCUUUCUUCAGCAAGCGAAUAUUGUGCUCUUGUAGCUGAUCCAUUGGAAAGUAGCCGCCACGAUGAGGGGUGAAGGUGCAAAGCCAAUUGUCCAAGAUGACAUUCCGAAGAUCGUGGGAAUACUCGUAUUCAAAGUUGCACGCAAUCUCGAGCAGUUCAUUGGAAUAUUUGUUUUUCCCGCUGCCAGUGAAUGUGAAUGUCCA